CCCAGAGCCUCCGGACUCCCUCUAGCCGGGGAGCCGCCGCCGCCGCUUCCUGCGCGACCCCGGCCCCGCGGCCGCAGCUGCUUUCCGGAGGCCGAGGAGGUGGGGACCUGUGUCUCUCGGGGCGCUCACAGGUCUCAGGUGUGGUGCAGGGAGAACUAGUCCAUGCCAGGCAGCUGGGGACCUAGUGUGACCAUCUUGCACAUCCGUAAAUCACAAGGAGGGAUUUCAACUGCUCUGACUGGUGUGCGGAGCAAACGUUAUUCAUCUGCUUUCAAAUUGCCCAGUGCUCUGCUUCCACUCCCGUCCCUCUUCCUUAAGUGUCUUCUUGUGCAUAGAGUCGACGUUCUGUUAGACUUCCAGAAGCUGGAGAAGGAAAUGGACUCAGUGGUCAUUGAGGAUGUGGCCGUGGUCUUUAGCCAGGAAGAGUGGGCUUUGCUGGGUCUUGCUCAGAGGAAACUCUACAGAGAUGUGAUGAUGGAAACCUUUAGAAACCUGGCCUCAAUAGUCUCUCAAAACCUUAAUGAUGGAGAAAAAUUAUUAUCCAGUGAACAUAUAAUGAUGCAGUUCGUGAAGAAUGACAUGUGGUCCUCCAUGUUAGGAGAAAUCUCCAAAUCACAUGGCAAUAAAGAUCACCAUAAAAACCAGAGGAGAUAUUUGAGCAUGUUUCCUAUUUUUGACAGAAGUCAUACAGUAUACAACUUCUGUGAAAGUAAUGAAGGCAAUCAGUGUGGAAAAACCAUCAGCCGGAUUCUAAAUCUUACUUUGCUAAAAAGAAAUGCUCCAGAAGUAAAUCCUUUUGAAUGCUGUGAGUGUGGAAAAACCUUCAUGGAUCACUCAUCAUAUAAACAUCAUACCAGAACUCACACUGGAUGUGAUGCCUGUCAGUGUAAGGAAUGUGGAGAAGCCUGCAGUUGUCCGUCUCACCUAACCACUCCAAUGAGAACUCUUAAACGAAUGAAACGCCAUAAAUGUAAGACUUGCGGGAAGGAUUUCGUUUGCAUCUCAGCCCUUAAGAAUCCUGUGACAACACUCAAUGGUGAGAAACGCUAUGAAUGUAAUGAAUGUGGGAAAUAUUUCUGUAGUUUCUCAUCCUUUUGGACACAGGUAAGAGAUCAUAAGCAUGAAUGUAAAGAACGUUGUAAAACCUCUACUCGUCCUUCAUCCCUCUUAUUACAUAAAAAAUUUUGUAACAGACUUAAGCCUUAUGAACGUAAGAAAUGUGGGAAAGCCUUUACUGAAACAUCAUCUGUCACUCCACAUAUAAACACUCACAGUGCAGAGAGCCCUUACAAAGCUAAGCAAUGUGGGGGAGCCUUUAGUCAGUUAUCACACCUCACUACAAAUAUAAGAGCUCACGAUACGCAGAGGCCUUAUGAAUGUAAGGAAUAUGGGAAACCCUUUAGUGAUUCCUCAGCCCUCAUUACACAUAUAAAAACUCAUACUGGAGACAGGCCUUAUGAAUGUAAGCAAUGUGAGAAAUCCUUUACUUGUUCCUCAGCCCUUACGACACAUACGAGAAGUCACAAUGGAGAGAGGCCUUAUAAAUGUAAAGAAUGUGGAAAAACCUUUAUUGACUGCUCAGCCUUCACUACACAUACAAGAACUCACAGUGGAGAGAGACCUUAUGAAUGCAAAGAAUGUGGCAAAGCCUUUAGGAGUUCCUCACACCUCACUGCGCAUAUAAGAACACACAGUGGAGAGAGACCUUAUGAAUGUAAGGAAUGUGGGAAAGCCUUUAGGCAGCUCUCAGCCCUCACUAUACAUACAAGGACCCACAGUGGUGAGAGGCCUUAUGAAUGUAAGGAAUGUGGGAAACCUUUUAGUGAUUCCUCAGCCCUCACUACACAUAUAAGAACUCACACUGGAGAGAGGCCCUUUGAAUGUAAGUCAUGUGGGAAAGCCUUUAGUGAUUCCAGAGCCCUCAUUAAGCAUACCAGAACUCACACUGGAGAGAGGCCCUAUGAAUGCAAGGAAUGUGGGAAAGCUUUUAGGCAAGUCUCACACCUCACUAAUCAUUUAAGAACUCACAGUGGAGAGAGGCCUUAUUUAUGUAAGGAAUGUGGGAAAGCCUUCAGGCGAGCCUCAAACCUCAGUAUACAUAUAAGAAAUCACAGUGGUGAGAAACCUUAUGAAUGUAAGGAAUGUGGGAAAUCCUUUAUUCGUUCCUCACUCCUCACUACACAUAUAAGAACUCAUAGUGGAGAGAGACCUUAUGAAUGUAAAGAAUGUGGGAAAGCUUUUAGGCAGCUCUCAGCUCUCACUACACAUAUAAGGAUACACAGUGGAGAGAGGCCUUAUGAAUGUAGGCAAUGUGGUAAAUCAUUUACUUGUUCCUCAGCCCUUACUAUACACAUGAGAACUCACAGUGGAGAGAGACCUUACAAAUGUAAGGAGUGUGGGAAAGCCUUUAUUGAUUUCUCAGCCCUCACUACACAUAUAAGAACUCACAGUGGAGAAAGACCUUAUGAAUGUAUGGAAUGUGGAAAAGCCUUUAGGAGUUCCUCACACCUCACUACACAUAUAAGAACGCACAGUGGAGAGAGACCUUAUGAAUGUAAGGAAUGUGGAAAAGCCUUUAGGCAGCUCUCAGCCCUCACUACACAUACAAGGACACACAGUGGAGCGAGGCCUUAUAAAUGUAAGGAAUGUGGGAAAACCUUUAGGAGUUCCUCACACCUCACUACACAUAGAAGAAUUCACACUGGAGAGACACCAUAUGAAUGUAAGGAAUGUGGGAAAUCCUUCAGGAAGGCCUCUAACCUCACUACACAUACAAGGAUUCACAGUAGAAAGAGACAUUAUAAAUUAUGAAUGUAACCAGUGUGGGAAAGCCUUUAGUUGUUCCUCACCCCUCACUACGUAUAAGUACUUAUAGUAGAGAGAGACUUUAUGAAUGUAAGGAAUGUGGGAAAGCCUUUGGGCGGCUAUUAGUCCUCACUAUACAUGUAAAAACUCACAGCAGAGAGAGGUGUUAUGAAUGUAAGGAAUGUGGGAAAUCCUUUAGUCUUUCCUCACACCUCACUAUACAUAGAAGAACGCACAGUGCAGAGACUACUUUAGGUUUCAUCCUUACUGCCAUAAUUUCAAACAGCAAAUUUCCAAAAGCCUACUUUUAAAGAACAAAGUUUCUCUUUGAAUACAAAAGCAAUACUAACUGAAAGAAGGGUCAUUAGAGCUACUUUGUGCCUUUGGGAGACAUGACAGUUUCAUUGUAACUGUGGGGCUGUCCUAAUCAGUGUUCGUUACUUUCUCAAGCUAAGUUUACCUUUCUUAAAGUCUUUGGCUAUUACAAACAACGUUGCAGAGCAUAGCCUUGAGCAAAUAUGGUUUUAUAUUUUUUAAUGUUCUAUUAAUGUUAUUUUGCAUACAAUAAAAUACACUGAUCUUGUUUUUGGUUUAAGAGUGUUUUAUUUCCACAUUUAUCACAUUUCCUUCCAAUUUUUUCUAUUGUAAAGUUAACUUUCUUACCGUUUAUAAUUAGUAAGUUUCUCAUAGGGCCAUACGUUGAGAUUGUUCAAAUACUCUGUUUUUCAUCAUACUUUUUUUGCCCUAUUAAUUUUACUGUUCAUGGUAAUCAUUAUCUAUGAUAAUACUGUGGUGUUUACUUAAUGGUAUUUCCUGUUGUAAUCAUUUUUUCUAUAUUUGUUAAUUGGUAUUCUGCAAGGAAUAGCUUUUCUUUUUCUCUCUUUGAUUUAUUAAACUGUUUAUACCAGUAUAGGCUAAUCCAACCCCUGUGUUAGUUUGUGGAACUGUGGUGACUUCCAUGUUGCUGUGAUGCUGGAAGCUAUCUCACCAGUAUUUCAAAUACAAGCAGGUCACCCAUGGUAGACAGAUUUUAGCAACACUUCUAGACCAGGACAGACUAGUAAGAAGGACCUGGCAGUCUACUGAAAAAAAUUGGCCAGUGAAAACCUUCUGAAUAGCAGCGGAACAUUGUCUGAAAUAGAGCUAGAAGAU